AUGACACGUAUUGGCACAAUCUCACCUGAUGACCUCAAAAUACAUGUUACACAAACUGUCGGUUUAUCUUCCAUUUUUCUGUUUUGGGCGAUCGACUGGGGCAUGGAAAAUUGCGAAUUGCACGUCGCCCUUGCACCUGUGGACCGACCAAUUACACUUGCUUUAUACCGCCUCGAUGCCACUGUACCAGUUGAUAUUUCAACCUUAUCAAAACUUUCUUGUGCGAUGGACGACGUCCUUGUUUUUGAGUUAGCAUGUUCAGAGGACGAACCAAGCAGUAGCUGCGAUAUAGAAUGGUGGCAAGCUCACAAGGAGACUGCACCUGGUUAG